CAACAUUCUAAACUAUUGAUAAUGACAUUGUAACAGGCACAUAAAAACUAUAGUCAAUUGUCUAAGUCUGGCUAAUGAUAGUGCUUAUCGUAUACAUUGCUUGAUCUCUUAGGAGUCAACGAACCGCAAAAGAAAAGUCACCCAACUACAGUCGAACUUGCCUAAGUGAAAUAAUUUGAUAUAUUAAGGUUAACCGACUUCAAAUAGGUUAAAACUUGUACUUCUUUUUUUUAUUUAUUUAUUUAAUUUUCAAAGAAACUUUAACUUAAAAAAUGUUAAAUUAAAGAAAAAGGGUUUGAAACUUCACUUUAGUUUACAUUUUCAAAGCCUCGACAAACCAGUUAAUGUGAGAUUGAAAACCUGCUAGCUAAAUUUUCACAAUUUUCAUGUUCAAUGGUUAGUUUGAAAGUGCAUUUGGCUUGACUUUGACUUCAGUCUGCAUCCGUUUGUUGGGCAUAACAGUCGAGAUAGUCAUGCAGCUGAUCUAUCGCGAAUUACAGGCGGAUAUUGUCCGGCGGACUAAUGCCAUCUUUCCGGCUCAAAAUUGCUUUGUUGAAGUGCUACCCGACCAUUUGAUCAUUCCCAGGAAAUACGUAGAGCUUGGUGAAUCCAUUCGAUCGCUAAAGGUUUUUCAAGACGAUGUUUGGAUGGUGUCCUAUCCACGAACUGGUUCUACUUGGGCCCAGGAGAUGGUCUGGCUGUUGGGUCAUAAGUUGGAUUACGUAGCCGCAGAACAGGAUUUGCGAUUGCGUUCUCCACUCAUUGAGCUUUCCGCUUUGUUUAGUACCGAUCAUCACGAGACGGUGGCUGAAAAGUUUGGAAAUACCGUUGAUCUGGUUCGCAAUCUGCCACGCCCCCGUUUCGCUCGCUCCCAUUUGUCGUGGCAACUGUUACCCGAGGAAUUUGAGACGGUGAAACCCAGGAUCGUUUACACAGCUCGAAAUCCCAAGGAUCUAUGCGUCUCCUAUUAUCACUACUGCAAAUUGCUACAUGGAAUUAAUGGCGAUUUUGAGCAGUUUGUGGACCUCUUUCUCGAGGGGCACACUCCGAUGGGUUCCUAUUGGAAGCACGUCCUGCCCUUUUGGAAACGAAAAGAAGAGGAAAAUGUGCUGUUCAUCAAGUACGAGGAUAUGAUCAAAGAUCUGCCAAGUGUUGUACGCCAAUGUGCCGAAUUCUUGGGCGUCCAGAGUCUCCUAGAUGUGUCCAGUUUGCAGAAACUUUGCGAUCAUCUUACAUUCGACAAAAUGAGAGCAAACAAGGCGGUAAAUCUGGAGAAGUUACUGCCGGAUUCGUCUACCAAGUUUAUACGCAAUGGCAAAAUCGGGGACUGGCGUAAUCAUAUGGGAAAUGAGAUGUCCGAGCGAUUCGAUGCUUGGAGCGAGCAACAUAUUGGGAAUUUUGGAUUGACUUUUGACUAUGAGUGAAUGUAAUCGGCUCUAAGGUUAUAAACGAUUACAGUUUAGUUAGUUACUAAAAAAUAAUGGAUCAGCUAACAAAAAAAUUGUUAAAUAUUUUCAUAAAAAUAUA